UCUAAAAGGGCAAGGGAUUUCUGGUUUCUUAAGGGAUCAACAACUGUCCAUGCUCACUCCCACUUCUUAUCCAGCAGCCAUGGCCAUGCAGAAAAUCUUUGCCCGGGAAAUCCUGGACUCCAGGGGCAACCCCACAGUAGAGGUGGACCUGCACACGGCCAAGGGCCGAUUCCGAGCAGCUGUGCCCAGUGGAGCAUCCACAGGGAUCUAUGAAGCUCUGGAACUAAGAGAUGGAGACAAAUCACGGUACCUGGGGAAAGGGGUCCUGAAGGCUGUGGAACACAUCAACAAGACUCUAGGCCCUGCUCUGCUGGAAAAGAAACUAAGUGUUGUGGAUCAAGACAAAGUUGACAAAUUUAUGAUAGAGCUGGAUGGGACCGAGAAUAAGUCCAAGUUUGGGGCCAAUGCCAUCCUGGGUGUGUCCCUGGCUGUGUGCAAGGCGGGAGCAGCCGAGAAGGGGGUUCCGCUCUACCGCCACAUCGCAGACCUCGCCGGGAACCAAGACCUCAUUCUCCCAGUGCCUGCCUUCAAUGUGAUCAAUGGGGGCUCCCAUGCUGGAAACAAGCUAGCCAUGCAGGAGUUCAUGAUUCUGCCCGUGGGAGCCAGCUCCUUCAAGGAAGCCAUGCGCAUUGGUGCAGAGGUCUACCACCACCUCAAGGGGGUCAUCAAGGCCAAGUAUGGGAAGGAUGCCACCAAUGUAGGUGACGAGGGUGGCUUUGCACCCAACAUCCUGGAGAACCAUGAGGCCCUGGAGCUCCUGAAGACAGCCAUCCAGGAAGCUGGAUACCCAGACAAGGUGGUGAUCGGCAUGGAUGUGGCAGCUUCGGAGUUCUAUCGCAAUGGAAAGUACGAUCUUGACUUCAAGUCGCCCGAUGACCCCGCACGGCACAUUACCGGGGAGAAGUUGGGGGAGCUGUACAAGAACUUCAUCAAGAACUAUCCUGUGGUCUCCAUUGAGGACCCCUUUGACCAGGACGACUGGGCCACCUGGACCUCAUUCCUCAAAGAGAUCAACAUCCAGAUCGUGGGUGAUGACCUUACAGUCACCAACCCCAAGAGGAUUGCCCAGGCCGUUGAGAAGAAGGCCUGCAACUGCCUGUUGCUGAAGGUCAACCAGAUUGGCUCGGUGACUGAGUCCAUUCAAGCCUGCAAACUGGCUCAGUCUAACGGUUGGGGAGUGAUGGUGAGCCACCGCUCCGGGGAGACUGAGGACACGUUCAUCGCUGACCUCGUGGUGGGCCUUUGCACGGGACAGAUCAAGACUGGUGCCCCCUGCCGCUCAGAACGUCUGGCCAAGUACAACCAGCUCAUGAGGAUUGAGGAGGCUCUUGGGAAUAAGGCUGUCUUUGCUGGACACAAGUUCCGUAACCCGAAGGCCAAGUGAGAAGCUAGACCCCAGGCCCCCGCUGGACAGACGCAGGCCUUGGGGCAUUUCCCCCUGAAAUAAACACU